GUCAGCUCGGCUCACUGGUGAGCUAGAACCCGGGAUACGUCACCGCUCAGGUCGACGCCAAAGCAUUCCUGCUCUGCUCCUUGCCACAAUUUAGACACUAGUUACAAUGACAACCCCACUGCAGCACACGCAAGAACUACUGAAGCAAAAGGAUGCCCUCGAGAGCGAGCUGCGAGACCUCGAGUUACAGCUACGCACCCACGGCGUGACCCGCACAGAAGCACUGGUGGAUACGGACGGGUUUCCCCGCGCCGACAUCGAUGUCACCAGCAUCCGGCAGAUCCGCACCUCGCUCAUAUACAAGCAAAACGACCUGAAGGCACUCAUGGCCGAAAUAGAAGCCUCGCUGCUGGUCCUGCACCAAAACACAAGAUCCGAGCCCAGCGAGUCAGCAGAUCCCCCACGCCGCCGUGCGUUUGCGCGGGUCAAUACAAUUGCGCCCAAUUCGCCUGCAGCAGAUGCCGGACUGAAGGUGGGAGAUGCCAUUAUCAGCUUUGGAUCGGCCAAUGCACUUAACCAUGAGAGGCUGCAGCGGCUCGCGAGAAUUUGCUCAGAGAGCGAGGGGCUCGAGGUCGGCGUGCAGGUGGAGAGGGUUGUCGAUGGGCGGCCCACCGUGGUGAACCUGAUGCUGACGCCCAGGCGCGGGUGGGGCGGCGCCGGCCUUCUUGGCUGCCAUGUUGUGCCAAUCUAACAUUUGAUAAAAAGGUCUUGGCA